AUGCAAACUGCACAGCCUGAACAGGAUGGGCUGCACAGGCUGGCCAUUUGCCGUGCCUUGACGGGGAUAGUCAAGAAGCUUCUGGAAGCAAGGGCGGACAUGGAUUCGCCGUGGUUGGUGUCGAAUUCCAUACUAGAGACGGCAACCUGGGCUCAGCAGGAGCACAUCGUUUCCUAUCUUCUGCAGAGCAAGGCAUCCCUCCUUUCGAGGCGGCCCCUUCAGAUGCUGGCGGAGGCGAUUGCCGCAGCACGAUCUGCAGGAGCCUCAACUCAGCCCCUGGUGCAACAGCUCCUGAAGCUCAUGCACGAGUUUACGGAUCCAAACGAAGAUGCGGAGUGCACCGAUCUUUGGUUGGAUCGCUCGUGCUUGCUGGAGCUGCGGGACCUUGGCAUGGAAUGCCUCCUUAAAGGGGAUGAGGCCUCCGCCGUCGGGCUCUCCGAGUUCCUGGGGCGUGCGCGCUGCCACGAAGCCGCCCAGAGGCCUUUGACGGCUCUUCCUCCUGCACUCUGGGCCUUUGAUGUUCAAUGGAAGCAGAUCUACGUGAAGUAA